GAGUGCCCUCCGAUGGUCUCCACCUCUCACUCGGAGAUAAGCGAGAGCCCAAGGAGGGUCCCCGCUUAGCUACGGCCUGGAAGGAACAUGUCUCGAACUUCCUUAAGACUGAAUCUUGUUCCAGGAUAGGUAAGAAUAUUGCCCCUGAGGGGAAGCCCAGUCAGAUCUCCGUGUACCAUGUCAAUGGGAUGCCUAUGAAUGCCAUUGAUGGGAAUCGGGAAGGAGUUUACCGCAUGAAAUCUUGUAUCUUAACCAAAAGUGAUGUUUCUCCCUGGUGGAGAUUGGAUCUUCAUGAGCCCCGGAAGAUCGGAGCAGUGGUCGUAGUGAACAGGAAAGACUGCUGCUGGGAUCGUCUGAAGGGGGCGCAAGUCCGUGUUGGAAAUGCCACGAGGAAUGAAAAUCCAGUGUGCGGCGCCAUCACGGAGGCAGAACCGGGACUGGUCACCAGAUUGUGUUGUGCAGGAAUGGUGGGACGAUACGUCAGCAUUGUGAUUCCUGACCGCGAAGAGAUUCUCAACCUUUGUGAAGUGGAGAUUUAUCCUGAGGGCGAUGAGAAGCAGUGUGUGUGAACAGAGGCCAAGAAUGGAGGCAGGAAAUAUCGCGGAGCAAGAAAUAAAAGAAAACCCAAUCUGUACCAAUCCGAAUAAAUGAU